AUGUUGUGGGUGGCAGUCAUGCGUAGUCCGCAACGUUUGGCAGCGUGUUGGUCGAAUGGUAAGGCACGCUCGCAAGGUGAGCAGCAGGCUGGUCGCGAACAGCUCAAUGAUCCUGGAUGCGUCUUUGUGGCUCAGAAGACCCGCUCGCAGAUCUAUUUUCCUCUCGGCUGGUACAGAGCGUAUUGCAUCAUUUGA